AUGGACGGUGCCGAGGAUAACCGAGGUGGUUAUACAAAACAGGGACCAGAAAGUCUGCGACAGAGGUGAGAGCGAGAACUGUCAAUCAUCAUUUCAUAUAAAACCAGAGAGAACCUCUCAUGUAUCCUUUAAUUUUAGAUGCUGUGACUUGAUGUGACUACUAGUAUGACAUUAAAGUAUUUUUUUGUUGUUGGUCAAUUUGCUUUUUCAACAUUGUUAUUUUGAUUAUGACAAAUCCAUUUUUGUUGAUUGUACAUUAGGGCAGGCUACCAGAAAAAGGACAAUAUGUCCACCACUAGGGGUCAGUGUCGCCUUUAUUAUGGAAUAAUCCAUGUUAGGAAGCACUGGAAAAAAAGAAAUCGGAGCAUGUUCAGUAGCUCUGUUCUGUCGUGUCCUCCUCCCCCAGUGAGCGCAGGAGGAUGAAGCUGCAGAGUGACCUCGUGGAGAGAUAAGAGCAGCGAUCUGUCACAUGAGCUGGACAUCAAACCAGGUAAAAACCAUUGCUUCAUAUAAUCUAAACUUGCCUAACUGUACACUAACUAACAAUGAACCAGCAACUAAACCCAAGCUAACUGUCAACAUUGGCCACACUGGCCCUAGCUGACUGCUAACUGUAAUUGUUGAACUAAUCAUAACUGAAAUCUGUGUGUGUGUGUGUGUGUGUGUGUGUGUGUGUGUGUGUGUGUGUGUGUGUGCGUGCGUGCGUGCGUGCGUGUGUGUGUGUGCGCAGUCCGUCUGUGGAGUGGACAUAGUGAGAGCAGCAGAACCUCCAGUCAGGCCAGUAAAGAGAGCGUCGGCAGCAGGGAGAGGAGGAACAGGAAGGAGAAGAAGGGAGGAAGAGGAGGACAGAGCUCAACAGACAGGUCCUCUGCAGGAUCCAGGGAGGUGGUUAUUGCUGAGGCUUCAGUAUCUUCUGCCUCUGUGGUACAAAGCUCAGAGAAUGAUGGGACAUCGGAGGCAGGGAGCAAGAGGAGUAGGAGGGGUCGGUGAGUCAAAUGGAGGAAUCAAGUCAAAUUCAGGAAUCAGGGAGUCAUAGGGCAGAGGCAGUGAGUCAAAUGGAGGAGUCAAGAAGUCAAAUUGAGUCAGGGAGUCAUAGAGAAAGAAGUAAGAGAGAAUGACAUGGAGGACACAGAAGGAGAAGAGGAGAGUGGUCGGACUCAGUGUGGAGGAGGGAGCAACAGGAGAGGAGGGGGAGAAAUUGGACAUGACAGAGAGGAGGGGAGAGAAACAGAGGAAGAAAAGGGGAGUGGGAGAACAUGAUAGUGAAAUAGAACAAGGAGAAUAUGGGGUUAAAGGAAAUGAGACAAGCCGGAGAGGAAGGAGAGGAGGAAGAGGAAUCCCAACCAGUGAGUGAAAGCGUUUCUAUAAGGGAGCACACAGCAGAGGAGGUGCAGGACUCAGAAGGGCAGGUAGAGUGCGAGGAGGUGGAGUGAUAGAGGCAUAGAGGAUGAGAGUGAGAACAAAAGAGAGGAAUCACACACUUCUCAGGACGGAGAGAUAGAAGAGGUAGUUAAGGGUAGCAGAGAAGAAGAGGAGGAUGUGGGGGUGAAAGAGAUGAGGAUGAGGAGGGGUCAGGGGGUGAGGAAGAGGAGCAGCGUAGUCAGGAUGCAGAGGAAGACUCAGCAGCAGGGCAGACUGAGGAUGAAGAGGAGAGAGACUGACAACAGCAUCAUCUCACCACCAGAACACAGGUUAAACACACUUAUGAUGAUAAUGACGAUGGUGAUAAGAACAAUGAUGAUGAUGAUCAUAAUGAUGAUGAUAAUGACGAUGGUGAUAAGAACAAUGAUGAUCAUAAUGAUGAUGAUGAUAAUGAUGAUGAUAAUGACGAUGGUGAUAAGAACGAUGAUGAUGAUCAUAAUGAUGAUGAUCAUAGGGAUGAUGAUGAUGAUAAUUAUGAUGAUGAUCAUAGGGAUGAUGAUGAUGAUCAUAGGGAUGAUGAUAAUGAUCAUAGGGAUGAUGAUGAUGAUGACGAUGAUGAUGAUAAUGAUCAUAGGGAUGAUGAUGAUAAUAUGGAUAGGGAUGAUAAUGAUGAUGAUCAUAGGGAUGAUGAUAAUGAGGAUGAAGAUGAUGAUAAUGAUGUUGAUCAUAGGGAUGAUGAUGAUGACUCAAUUGUUGUGAUUCUCAGGUCAUCCAAAGGCCUGGCAGAUGUAGCGGAAGAGGAGGAGGAAGAAGUGAUCGGUGAUAAUGAUGAAGUUGACAAAGUGAAGGGAUAUUCAUAGUCUGUAGAUCUCUUUAUAGAUGAGGAUUAUGAUAUUGAAAGUCUUCUUGCUCCACAAGCAAAGUCUCAGGAAAAACAGUAAGUGUUGUUAUUUCUUUGACAAAUUCCUGCUCUGGCCACCUUAAAAAAAAUAAAAGUAUCUUUGUUUGUUUUAAGUGAGAAAGAAGAGAAGGAGAAGACAGUGGUCUUUGUCAAACCCAAAGGUAAGAUCUCUGCACACUGCAAUCCAUAGAUACAACUUAAAAAGGUUAGCUACUAGUCAGUAAUAUGCACUACUUAUAACCUAACCUGUGCUAUGUGUCUUUAUAGCCAUAGUUUAAGACUUGGACAGUUUAUCUGAAGUAAAAGCACUCGACAAAAAGAAAGGAGCCAAUCAGGACACAGACUCAGAACAUUUUGAUCACUUCUAUGACUGACGAGCUGCGUGUUCCAGUUCACCUAAAACCUCAGCAAGAUAUGAGUGACUGCAAUACUAAUGCCAGACUUUUAAAUCCUAUACACUUGAAAAUGACAUCCACAACACAUAAAAUGAAAAUUCCUUAUCUAAUGUCAAGAUGCAUUGAAAAUAAAUUAUAUGAAUGUUAUUAAAAAGAUAAUUUUGAAAAUGCUGUUUUUAGAUUGACGAGACAUAUCAUUACUACUCCAGUACAGUAGGGGGCAGCAUACCCCAAAUGAGUUGAGACUGCACGCGCCAAAAAUAUAUAUUUUUGCAGUGAAGAAGACGCUCUUAUCCAAUCACGUCGAAGUUCACUUGCACAUGGAAGUUGGAGGAAAACAUUAGAAAUCUGGACCAUUGAAAGGUAGCUAAUGAAAUAUCUGUUUAUGACAGUAUUUUCUAUAUAGUGUAACUGUGUUUUUCAGUCUACACACUGUAUCAAUAUUCUUAACCAAAUGUUUCGUAUAUUUUUGUUUGUGAAAGUGCCCCAGAAAAUCUAUCUUGCAGGCUGAGCAAGGGAAUCAGUCCAACAAGCUAGCUAGUCAACAAGCUAGCUAGCGUCUGCACAAUUAUACGGUUAUCAUAGGUUUGCCAAUGAUAGUCCUUUUUGAAAAUUCACUGCAGUGCAUACAUUUUCCUUAAAACUGAAAUCCGCAGAGGGGUAUACUAGAAAGGAAGAUCAGUGACAUAGCCAGCUAACUUGCCUUCUGUUCUAAGCAAGGUGUGUCUUUGCGCUAAAUCCCGACUACUCAAAUGACGUUGCAAGAGAGGAAGUGGGAAGUAACAGCCGCGAAAUAUAAACACAGGAACAACGUGUGAUGGGCCCAUAAAGGGAAUGUAUUGCCAUCUAUAAUAGUGAAUAUGGGCAUAUCCUUUUUUCUGACAUUUUGCCCCUAGCUUUCAGGAUGUCAUCCAAUUGCAGUGUGACCACGUUACAGCUGGACUCGGUGAGCCAGGCAGAACGCCACCCUGUUCACCUGCUACCCUGUGAGAUAGAGCACGACGGGCCAGCAGAGGUGUCCCAGUUCUUUACAGCCACCAUCAAAGACCGAAAACACGGUAUGUUGAGACAGCAGUAGCUGCAUGCAUGCAUUCUGUACAUAAACCGUCGUGGAAGACCAACAUCUGAUGUCACAAAGAGUACCUAGUGUUGUGUGUAGCUUACUUUCAAUACAGAUUACUUUAAUACAAAUUGUGUCUCUUCCACAUUUCCCACAGAGAAAACUGUGUCGUUCAGGGGUCGUGGGUUAAAAGGUCAGGAGGUCAGCUGUCCGCAGGGCUACACAGGCCUGGUGCUAAGAGAGGUCAACAAACCAGGCUCUGACCAGGAGGUAAACAAUAAAUGCUGCCAAAAUCAUCACUGUCUGACCAACAUCAACAUAAUGUACCAUAGCAGGUCAACAACUCAAAAGGAAUGCUGUCAGAAUCUGCUCAAAUCUAUCUGUAAUCACUGACCAAAAUCCACACACCAACCAGGAAAUAUGAUACACUUCCUUUUCCAUUGUCUGCAGCAGGGACACACAUACUGUAUAACACCAUACUGCAUAUUUAAACUCUUCACACACUUACAGUAAUGUUAUAUGUGAGGUAAUGUGUGUGUCCAGGACAGGACAGUGAAGGUGUCUUCAGUGUUCCAUAACGUCACCUACUGGAACCUCGAGACUCCGCCCAACUCUGAUGACGGUAUCAUCAUGGCAAUGGCCUGGCCGGAUCUGGCAGAAGCGGUGAGUGUGCAAAACAAGAAUUUGUUUUAAGAGAAGAGCACCAUUAGCAUGCAUUACCAUACGUGGCCCAUAAGUAAUAACAACACAUGAUUCAUCUUUGACAGAUACACGGGCCAGUGGAUGACUGACACAGAAGAGGCCAAAGCAAAGAUCAAUCCCUUCCCUACCCUAAUUUUACUGCUGGAGCCCGAAGACUGCCAUUGCUUAGCUUGUGAAAAUAGGAAUUAUGGACAGACAAUGGGUAGAACAGUCCCUAGUGUUGUAGUGGACAUUGUGUCUAUCUUUUACAGAUCCAUAGGGGUGAAUUGUGCUUGCUUCUUCUUGUGACUUCUGUAACUAUUGUACCAUGUUCUUUUUGUUGUAUAUUUCUGUCAACAAUUAUACUCAUAUUAUAGGCCAUUGUGAUACAGAUCGUGUUGGAAGUCAUUUACUAAACAGUACUCCAAUGGAAGGAAAUAUCUAGAUAUGUGGACUAAAGAACUGUCCAUGUUCUAUUCACAGCAAUGAAGUAGUAGUGAUAUUCAGCCAAUCGUAAAAGUUGGCAACAAUGGAGACUUCUAUAUAGUACAGAUAAUUUUACGCUAUUAACGUUGACAAAAACUGUACCCUUGACAACUGCCGAUUUUUAAUCUGGAAUAUGUCCUAACAUACAGGUAACUGCCAAAAUAAAG